CCGAAAUCAAACCCUCGAACGUUCUUCGACUUUAAACACCCGAUUUUCACAACCUGUUUAUUACAAAUUUCUCAAAUUUUGAUUAAUCUAUUCGUUUAUUUCUUUGAAAGAUCAAAUCUCCAUUCCAAUCUUGAAAUGGUGAGGAAGCGAGUACCUGAUUGGCUCAACAGUUCUCUCUGGUCUACAACUCCGGCGGACGAUGGUCUCCACCGCUAUUCCCCUUCUCCCACCACCACAACCACCACCUCUUCCGCCACCGUUUCCGAGCCAACUCUUCAGCCUCCGGCUACAGUGCCUCCUCCCGCUGCAGCCUCGAAACCUCAGUCCACUCCUACUUCUCCGAAACUCGAAAUCAGAGAUCCAGUUAAUAAAAAUAGUAACAACAAUAGCGGUGGUAAUGAUCAAAACGGCGACUCUUCUGGCGUUUCUCCCGAUGAUAUCUCUCGCCAGGCUCAGCUCUUGGCCGAGUUAUCUAAGAAGGUGAUAAAUAUGUGGGAAUUACGGAGGAUUGCGUCGCAGGGGAUUCCUGAUGGUGCAGGAAUCAGAUCUACUGUCUGGAAGUUGUUGUUAGGGUAUUUACCACCUGAUCGUUCGCAGUGGUCUUCUGAAUUAGCUAAGAAAAGGUCUCAGUACAGGCAUUUUAAAGAAGAGCUCUUGAUGAAUCCUUCAGAAAUCACAAGGAGGUUGGAGAAGUCUGUGGGUUGUGACAAUGAUGAAUCAAAACCUGAAGGCAGGGGUCUGCUAUCAAGAUCACAAAUAACUCAUGGAGAGCAUCCUUUGAGCCUUGGGAAAAGCAGUGUCUGGAAUCAAUUCUUCCAGGACUCGGAAAUCAUAGAACAGAUUGACCGAGAUGUGAUGCGCACUCAUCCAGACAUGCACUUCUUCUCUGGGGAUUCGCAGCUUGCAAAAUUUAAUCAGGAUGCAAUGAGAAACAUAUUAAUCGUAUUUGCCAAGUUAAAUCCGGGUAUAAGAUAUGUUCAAGGGAUGAAUGAAAUCUUGGCACCUCUAUUUUAUGUAUUCAAAAAUGACCCUGAUGUGGAAAUGGCGUUGCAGGCUAAUGCUGAAGCCGACACAUUCUUUUGUUUUGUUGAGUUAUUGAGUGGAUUCCGAGAUCAUUUCUGCCAGCAACUUGACAACAGCAAUGUGGGAAUUCGCUCCACAAUUACUAGGUUGUCACAACUUUUGAAGGAACAUGAUGAAGAGCUUUGGCGUCAUCUAGAGGUCACAACUAAAGUCAACCCCCAGUUCUACGCAUUUAGGUGGAUCACUCUGCUUUUGACACAGGAGUUCAAUUUUGCAGAUAGUCUUCACAUAUGGGACACGCUUCUUAGUGACCCUGAAGGUCCUCUGGAGACAUUGCUUCGGGUAUGCUGUGCGAUGUUGAUUCUCAUCCGUAGGCGGCUGUUAGCCGGGGAUUUUACUUCAAACCUUAAGCUACUCCAGCACUAUCCGUCAGCAAAUAUCAGCCAUUUGCUGUACGUUGCGAACAAGUUGCGCACACAAGCCAUAGGGUAAAAAAGCUUUUAGUAACCACGUAUUUGUGUCGUGUUUUCGUCAUUAGUCCGUCCCCCUCCCCUCAAACCCCAUUUGUUCUUUUAUUUGAGAGAGAGAGAAAAAAGCAUUCAGUGCUUGUAAUGUAAAUUGGUGGGUGUAAAUUGGUUGGGAGUAACAGCUAACAUGCAGGCAGGGAGAACAUUUUCUCUCUGUUUGUGUUUCAUUAGAAUUGUUGUGUUGAAGUUAUGUAGUGUUUUGUUUUUAUGGUGGAUUGAUUCA